AUGAUGACCAUGACCACGAUGGCUGACGGGCUGGAAGCGACCGACUCCUCCAAAUCCGCCUUCAUGGAGUUCGGGCAGCAGCAGCAGCCGCCGCCGCCGCAGCCGCCGCCGCCGCCGCACUCGCAGCAGAGCUCGCCGGCCAUGUCGGGCGCGCACUACCCGCUGCACUGCCUGCACUCGCCCGCCUCGCACCCGCACCACCAGCACCACCACCACAGCUCGCCCUACUCCGGCAGCGCCGGCUCCUACAACCACCGCUCGCUGGCCGCCUACCCCUACGUGAGCCACUCGCAGCACAGCCCGUACCUCCAGUCCUACCACAGCGGCGGCGCGGCCGGACAGACGCGGCCCGACGACGCAGAUCAGCAGAAAACGACAGUGAUCGAAAACGGUGAGAUCCGAUUCAAUGGAAAAGGGAAAAAGAUUCGGAAACCUCGAACCAUUUAUUCCAGUCUACAACUGCAGGCUUUAAACCAUCGCUUUCAGCAGACUCAGUACCUGGCACUUCCAGAGAGAGCUGAACUGGCAGCUUCAUUAGGACUUACCCAGACACAGGUGAAGAUCUGGUUUCAGAACAAACGCUCCAAGUUUAAGAAGCUGCUGAAGCAGGGCAGCAACCCGCACGAGAGCGACCCCCUUCCCGGCUCCGCCGCGCUGUCCCCUCGCUCGCCAGCCCUGCCUCCGGUCUGGGACGUUUCGGCUUCUGCCAAGGGAGUGAACAUGCCUCCCAACAGCUACAUGCCUGGCUAUUCUCACUGGUAUUCCUCUCCACACCAAGACACAAUGCAGAGACCGCAAAUGAUGUGA